AUGAAAAAAAAAAAUAAAUUAUUCAAAAAGGGCAACUUUUGCAUGAACGAAUCAAGCGAAUUUGGCCCGUUGCGGCAAAACGGAGUGGCCAAAUUGCAGACGGACGAAAUGGAGAAGGAAGGGGCGAGUGAUUUACCUACCUUCUCGGAGGCCCCGGAAAUAAGCUCCAAAAUUUAUGACCACAUCCUCGAGUUGGAUUCCCACACGGAAGCGGGAAAUUCCGUUCGCUCCCGAGGAAACCGCACCGAAGCGACAGCUCGUGGGGAAGUCCAAGCAGAUGCAGAAGCCUACCGACGCAGCCACGAAGUGAAUAGAAAUCCACAUUCGAAUAAAGAAAACGGAGUGGGCCAAGAACAAUCUAUGGGGGAACCCCAGCAUAACCAUACCGCGCUGUUAAACCAAAACUACGACGAGGUACCAAUGGCUGCGAGAAGGGGAUCCAUGCAGGAUCUCAUCCAGGACACACAUAAAAAUACCCUGGAGCACAAGAAGACCAACUUUUUAUGCCUCGAGGAGAUUUUGAAGAAAAUGGACCUGAUGCUGCAGCUGCAAAUGAAAAUGAGCCAGUCGGUUGCUUCGCACCGGGAGGAGCGCCAGUUGCUCUUUCAGCACCUUUACGAGUUGAAAAAACAAGUCGCUGACAAGGCCUUCAACUCCCUGUGCAACAAAGACCUCGCUAGGCGAUACGUCGAAUGGGCUGAAGCGAAACAAAAGAAAGAGAUCGCACUUUCCAAAACGGAACCUACGUGCGUGGAGUUGCAAAGGGAGAAAUAUAACCCAACACAGAGCUUCCACGUGGCUACGAAGGGGACCAAGAAUACACGUUUGUUCUUUUUUCACCUAAGUGAAUUGGAAGAAUGCGUCCACUCCUUCACUCAUUUUUGCAGAGACAUGUCGACUCGGAUUUGUCCUCCGCCCGAGGGGGGAUGUACCCAUUCGGAUUCGCUUGAGCAGGGGUUUUUCUCCUUCCUAAGGGACCCCCAAGCGAUGCAACUAAUUAGAGGUCUCGAAAAGAACCUAACAAAGAUAAAGAGUCUGUGCAUGCAAAGCUAA